UCUGUCUUCCAGCCCCGCCCAAGCGCACCUCGCAGCCUGGCCGCCAGCCUGACCCAGAACCCCUGACCGGGAGGGGAAGGGGUGGGAAUGUUUGCACGUGGGGCCGGGAGUCCGAGCUGCCGGGGAGCCUGCGUGCAUGGCUGUGUACAUCGAGGAGCAGCGGCUUUGCCGGCAGCCGGAUGCCCGGGCCCAUCGGGCGGGCCGGCGGCCGCCUGCGGGAUGAGCAGACUGCUGGGGGGGACCCUGGAGCGCGUGUGCAAGGCUGUGCUCCUUCUCUGCCUGCUGCACUUUCUCGUGGCUGUCAUCCUCUACUUUGACGUCUACGCCCAGCACCUGGCCUUCUUCAGCCGCUUCAGUGCUCGGGGCCCUGCCCGGGCCCUCCACCCAGCUGCCAGUAGCAGCACCAACUUCUCCCGGCCCAACGCCACCGCCCCCAGCUCGGGGCUCCCAGAGGCUCCGAGUGCCCGGCCAGGCCCCACGGCUCCUGUUCUGCCUCCCUGUCCCGACUCACCACCUGGUCUCGUGGGCCGACUGCUGAUUGAAUUCACCUCACCCAUGCCACUGGAGCGGGUGCAGAGGGAGAACCCAGGCGUGCUCCUGGGCGGCCGCUAUACGCCACCUGAUUGCACGCCCGCCCAGACAGUGGCAGUCAUCAUCCCCUUUCGACACCGGGAGCACCACCUACGCUACUGGCUCCACUAUCUGCACCCCAUCCUGAGGCGACAGCGGCUGCGCUAUGGCGUCUACGUCAUCAACCAGCAUGGCGAGGAUACCUUCAAUCGGGCCAAGCUGCUCAACGUGGGCUUCCUAGAGGCACUGAAGGAGGAUGCCACCUACGACUGCUUCAUCUUCAGUGACGUGGACCUGGUCCCCAUGGAUGACCGAAACCUGUACCGCUGUGGUGACCAGCCCCGCCACUUUGCCAUUGCCAUGGACAAGUUUGGUUUCCGGCUGCCUUAUGCCGGGUACUUUGGAGGUGUGUCGGGCCUGAGUAAAGCCCAGUUUCUGAGAAUCAAUGGCUUCCCCAACGAGUACUGGGGCUGGGGUGGCGAGGAUGACGACAUCUUCAACCGGAUCUCCCUGACUGGGAUGAAGAUCUCGCGCCCAGACAUCCGCAUAGGCCGCUACCGCAUGAUCAAGCACGACCGGGACAAGCAUAACGAGCCCAACCCGCAGAGGUUUACCAAGAUUCAAAACACGAAGCUGACCAUGAAGCGGGAUGGCAUCGGGUCAGUGCGGUACCAGGUCUUGGAGGUGUCUCGGCAACCGCUCUUCACCAAUAUCACAGUGGACAUUGGGCGGCCCCCUUCAUGGCCCCCUCGGGGCUGAUCCUAAUGGACAAAGGCUCCCAGUGCCAAGGAUUGCCUGCCAGAGGACUGACCUAUAUAGCCUGGCUGGUGGUUGCUCUGUGGGGGAUCCCCCAGGACUGAGACUGUGGGCUCUGUUUUCCGAGGGUCUUCAAUAGGCCCAUCUGCAGCUGCACCUGGAAGUUUCAGAACCUACUUUGGGGGACUUCCAACCUGGGCAAGCCCCUCAAGUGUGGCCCUCUCUGGGGUCAACCCUUCUUCCUGCCCCUUCCUCCCCAGCCCAGCCCUCCCUCACUGUCAGGGUCAGGCCAGCCCCUGCACUGCCUCACCGAGUGGCCUGGGCUAGGUCACUCCACCUCUCUGUGCCUCAGUUUCUCCCCCCUUGAGUCCCCUAGGGCCUGAAAGAGUGGGAGGUACGACUAGGGGGCAGUGUCGCUUCCGGGGGAAUUCUCAGAUCUGGGGAUCCCCCGUACUCCCAGGGGAGGGGAAACCUUUUUCAUUCAACAUUGUAGGGGCAAACUCUGGUGCGCCCCCUGCUGAGGAGCAGCCCCAGGAGGGGACCAGAGGGGGUGCUGUGUCGCUGCCUGGGAUCUUGAGGUUGGGCUUUGCAUGCGGGGCAGGCGGGGCUUAGAUCAGUCAGUAAGGGUCCCGCCUCCCUGUCUCAGAGAGAAGGCAGUAGCCCCAGGGCCGGCUCGUUGUUUGUACAUUGCACAGAAACUUGUGUGGGUGCUUUAGUAAAAAACGUGAAUGGAGAA